AUGAAGUUCAACUACCACGUCCCAGCAUCCACGUACACACGCGCCUCACAGUACACACCAACCUACCACACGCCGACAACCUACACCCAGUCACAAUACACACCGACGCAGUACAAAUCCUCAUACACGUCCACGACAAAGUACACCCCGACGCAGUACAGCACGACACAGUACACUCCGUCAUACCACACGUCCACAUACAAAAGUGCACCAACAUACAUCCCUUCAUAUACCAAGGAGCCCCGGUACCGCUCCACACGUCGCCCGCAGGCCCAGGAGCCUCCUGCACCGGUCGCACCGGUCACACCUGCAAAGAGAACAGUGCACUUCCCCAAUGACAUCAUCUUCCAGGAUAUUGUCCGGCGGGGAGAUCUGGAGCAGAUCGGUCGGUUCAUGAGGGCGAGGAAGGUUCGUGUGGAUACGAUCUUCCACUCAGGUAUGGCAGCGCUGCAUGAGGCCGUGCUGACAGGAAACAUGGAGGUGGUGAAGCUGCUGGUGAAAUACGGCGCUGAUGUUCAUCAGAGGGACGAGGACGGAUGGACGCCACUUCACAUGGCGUGCAGCGACGGCUACCCAGAAAUUGCUCGUUACCUGCUGUCGAUAGGAGCCAGCACAGAGGCAGAGAAUGAAAGCGGAGAGAAGCCGGCAGACCUCAUCGACCCAGACUGCAAAGAACUGGCCCGGCUGUUUGAGACUGGCUGUGUGUGA